UUUUUUUCCUCCCCCCCCUCUUUUUUUUUUUGCGGGCGGGGUGUCGGAGCGUGGGCCCUCGAGGCGUCGGUGACGUGCGCGCGGCGAGCAGGAGCGCGGAGACCUGCCCUCCCGUCGCCAUUUUUUCGAUCUCCUGCUCGCGCUCGGGCGGCUCGCGUUGGAAAGGGGGGCCGCGCGGAACAAGUGGUGGGGGGGAAAGUCUCGAACACCGAUUUCGCCGAACCCGGAUUUCACAGGACCCGACGAGAAGGUCGCGCGGGCCGCCGCUGUGCUUCUGGAACUUCAAGCGCGCGCGCGCGCGCGCGGGGAGGCGAGUCCGACGUUGCGAAUACAUAUGUGUGCGUGAGUGUGUGCCCGCGCGUGCGUGCGCGCGCGUGUGUAUAUAUACAUAUAUUUUUUUUAUUUGUGUGUGUGAAGACGUGUUGCGAGCCGCCAUUUUUUUCUACUGCCCGAAAAGUGCUCCGACCCGAGAGAGAGAGAGAGAGAGACAGAGAGAGAGAGAGAGAGAGAGACAGAGAGAGAGAGAGAGAGAGACAGAGAGAGAGAGAGAGACAGAGGGGUUUGUAAAAAAAAAACGCGUUUCCAUGACGUGUGCCGCCCUCCGGCCGGAUCAACACGGUACCGACUCGACCGCUCAAGCGUCGGCCGCGCGGCUCUCUCGGCGGAUUCGAUACCGUGUCGACAUGAGCGAAGCUCUGACGAGCCGCUGAAGCCUCCUCCUCCUCCUCCUCCUCCUCCUCCCUCCCCCCUCCGCCUUCUCCAAACUGACAAGCGAGCGGAGAUAAACGGCGUUUUGUUCUCUCCUUCAGCAGAGCCGCGAGACUCUUGUCUCUCCCUCCUCUCUCUUUACGAUCGGAAGAAGACACAGAAAAGGGGAACCUUCGCGUGACCCGUGUUCGUGGCUCGCGGCCGCGCUUAUAGCGAACGUGCGUCUCCUCGGAAGUUUUUGGCAGCUCGGGACAAUCACUUGCCGUUGACCAACACCAGAGGUGGUGCUGGUGGUGGUGGGGGUGGAGGAGAGAGAACCACAUUAUGCUCCAAAGUUGGGUCGCUCUAGUCGCAGCCCGCCUCUAGAACGUCAGGUUGGGUCGCUUUCGUUUUAUUUCUUUUUUUUGUUUUUUGCGGGGGGUAAGAAUCUCUCCCCCCGCACACCCCCACCCCCUUUUUCCGCGUGCUGGAUGUCGGCGGAGUCUCUGCAGCUUUCGGGCUUACAAAUCAUCCGCUAGCGCGAGGGCGACGCGUGCCCUGCCCCGGAUCUGCAAAACCAGUGCAGCCGAAAUACAACCCAGCUAAACCGGCGCAACCUCCUCUCUCUAACUUAUUGUUGUUGUUUUUUCUAGUCUCCCUUUGUUGGUAAUCAGUAUUCGUUUGACGGUUGUUAAUUUAUUUUGAGCGAACAUGUCCACUGCCCGCUUUGACUCGUCGGAUCGCUCCGCCUGGUACUUCGGACCCGUGUCUCGACAGGAGGCGCAGAACAGACUACAGGGCCAGAGGCACGGCAUGUUUCUGGUCCGGGACUCGUCCACCUGCCCCGGCGACUACGUGCUGUCGGUGUCCGAGAACUCCAAAGUCUCCCAUUACAUCAUCAACUCGCUGCCGAGCAAGAGGUUCAAGAUAGGGGAUCAGGAGUUCGAGCACCUUCCGGCUUUGCUGGACUUCUACAAAAUCCACUACCUGGAUACCACCACGCUGAUAGAGCCUGCCCCCAGGUACCCAAGCACAGUCACCGGGGCCAUCCAGACCAUGGUCGGCCCAGACGAGAACCUGGAAUAUGUGCGAACUCUGUAUGACUUCACGGGCAGUGACGCGGAGGACCUUCCUUUCAAGAAAGGGGAGAUCCUGAUCAUCUUGGAAAAGCCUGAGGAGCAGUGGUGGAGUGCCAAGAGCAAAGACGGCCGUGUGGGAAUGAUCCCUGUGCCCUAUGUGGAGAAGCUGGUGAGACCCUCCUCCCACCCUGGCCAGCCAGCCCAUGGCUCCCGCAACUCAAACAGCUAUGGGAUCCCCGAGCCAGCUCACGUCCACGCAUACGCCCAGCCCCAGACCCCUUCACCGUUACCCCCUGGCACCCCAGGAGCAGUCAUCACCCCCCUGCCUUCCAUGCAGAAUGGUCCUGUCAUGGCUAAAGCCAUCCAGAAACGAGUGCCCUGCGCUUAUGACAAAACAGCUCUGGCUCUAGAGGUCGGAGACAUAGUCAAGGUGACGAGAAUGAACAUCAGCGGCCAGUGGGAAGGGGAGGUGAAUGGGCGGAGGGGUCUCUUCCCAUUCACCCAUGUCAAAAUAGUGGACCCCCAGAAUCCAGAUGAGAGUGACUGACCCAGGAGAUCUACUGAACCUUUUUCUGCGGCGCUGACGUAGACCCACGUUCUGCUGGAUGUCUCCACCCCCGCCGACCUUCGUCACCACAGUUACGCCCUUGCCUGCUUGGGGCUGUACCACGAUAGCAACCCCCCCCAAACCCCCUGUUGUCAUGCGAACCUGCACAAGGUUUUAUUACUGUUUACAGCUCUGGACUUCAGUACCUGACUAAAACCUGACCCCAGUUCCCCCACUUCCCAACCUCACGUCCUGGUUGUAGGCUGGGCGGUGUUUUUUUGCCUUAGUGUCCUUUUUCAUUUCCAGAUCAUUGGGCAUCGAUGUGUGUGCGCGCGUGUGUGUGUGUGUGCGUGUGUGUGUUUGCGGCAUGUGUGUGUGUGCACUGCAUUCACAAUGGAUUUGCCACGUUACCUGACUUCACAACUGGUCUAACCCCCCCCCCCCCCCCCCAAUAUUUGUUGAGUUUGAAUUCUUUGGGAUUUUGAAAGCGUUGGUGUGCAUUUGUUGUUGACGUAAGGGUGUUUGUAUGAAAUGGGGGGGGAAAUGGCAAUGUCCCUACGAGCUGAGGAGAGCACCGAGGCGUCGAGGAGCUACGCAGUUAGUCAAAGGUUUAGGUCCCCAAACAAUCACGUCGCUGUUACUUCGACUGCUGCCACAAGCACACAACACAAUUGGCCUUGAGUUGUUUUUUGUCCCGGCUGACCGAUCUUUAAUAUGUAUGUAUGAUGUCAUGACUGACAGGAAGAGGCUGGAGCGAGAAGAGGAAACGGAAGGACUUGGGAGUGGGUGGGGAGCGGGUUGACCGAAUUUUUUCCUUAUUUAUCUUAUUUCAGGACAUGAAAUAGCCAUAUGUGAGAGUUCAUCAGUUUGUGUUGUUUGUGCCAUAUCAGCAGUACAGGUUGAAGUUUUUGUUUUUUUGGUUUUUGUUUUCUGACAAGGAGCCGACGUAUGGCUGCACGUCCACCCAGAGUCUGUGUUUUGCAGCGCUGCCUUAGUGGCUUAGUGCCCGUAACGCCGAGCACUUGACACAGGUUUAUAAAAACUGGCAUAGCAAAAGGAGCAGCCAGCAUGCAACGCUUCCUGCAAAGCAUCUGUGCAGAGCUGCUAGCUAAAAAAAAAAAAACUACGUGCCUGGCAGAUAUGUGGGCAAAGGGCUUUUUUUUUUUUUUAAUAUAAAAUGGAUGCCCCCUGCAUGCGGUGAUAUAGUUCAGGGGAGGAGGGCACAUGUUCCAGCGCUCCGGUGAGAUCCGGAAACGCGGCUUUUCAGUCCUGCAGCCACUUUGUUUGUAAGUGAUGCUGCUCCCGGCAGGGUCGGAUUGCAGUCCGAUUGCGGGCUCUGCAUACCCACUAGGAACAGCUUGCGUCAUUCUCGGCUCCUGCGCUGAUUUAAUAGACGUUGCGCUGAUAGUGGAAACCUUUAAAUCUCUGCUGUAAAGACCGACCCUCGCUUUGCCCCGUUGGUUGUCUCCCCCCUUACUGCUUCCCCUUCGAGCUCCCAAUCGGGCCGGUUACUCUGAAGUAGUACCAUUGUGCAAAUUUCAAUCACAUCCCACCCCCCCGCCCCAUAGCCAGUUGAUGAACCGAGAGUAUUUGGUUAAAUAAACUAACGAGUGAAAGAACUUUGACCGAAGUUGACUUUUUUUCAAAAGGGAAAACGCCUGCUGGCUGCCUCUGUGCAUGACCUCCUGGCCUGGGAGGGGGGUCUCCUCUGGCCAAAAUGCUGCUUUAUGUCAUUUCUUAUCUCCUUACAAAAUCGAACCAGUAUGGGUUUUCCUCGUCAACCAUCAUGAAGCCUACUAAUUAAGCAAUACACCCUGAUUAUUUCUUUAUGCAGGUGAACUUGCUCUCAUCAUGCUCGAGAUUUGUUUUGUAAAGGCAUUAACAGUAUUACUGUGCUCUUUUCUCAUGUUCUAGGAAAGCCUUUGUGUUGUCUUUUACGUAAGAAUGGAAAAAAAAAUUGUGCCUUUUAUUUUCUUAUACCAUUUACAUGUGUUAAUAUUUCCCAUGGUUAACACCCGUGCUGGUAUGGACCUUUUAUGUACAGAACUAGUAAAUAAAAUUUACGUCUACUUCUUUA